AUGGAUGCAGAGGAGGUCGAGUUGAAGGAGCAGUUGAAACACUUGAAGAAAGCUGAGCUAGCGAAAAGGAAGUUGGAGAGGAGGGAACGUGAACAACAGAAACUGAAACGUCCAAUAAAACCUCCUGCCGCCGUGUAUAUAUCCGGUUUACCGACAAGUGGUAUCUCAGAGGAUGAUAUAGUCGACGAGUUUCAGCCGUACGGUGCUGUCAGGAAGGAUCAUGAGGGCGAUUGGAAAUGCCGAUUGUACCGUGACGCAGCUGGCGAAUUGAAGGGAGAUGCGAUACUGUUCUACAUGAACGAUGAAUCUGUCACUUUAGCUGUUGAAAUGAUGAACGGAUACGCUAUCAAGGGCUGUAAGAUCAACGUCGAAGUUGCCAAGUUUGAGGAACCAAAGAAAGAAACCACCUCUGGUGAUAUUGAAGCAGAAGAAGAAGAGGAAGAAGAGGAAGAACAUGAGGAUCACAAAAGACGAAAAUUGGACAACAAGGCCCGAGAUAACACUGGAGAAUCAAGAACCAGCCGAACGUUGAUACUGGCCAACGUUUUAGACAUUUACCGAGAUUUUGAGCUCGGCGAGAUACAAGAUAUUAAGGAGGAUAUUGUCACCGGUUGCGAAGAUUUCGGCGAAGUGAUAAAUGCGGAAGUUGACACCGGCAGAGGCCAGAUUCACGUCGUCUUCAAACUCAGGAAGGAGGCUCUCUGUUGCCGUGAAAAUGAAGGGCAGGUUCUUCGACGGUCGGAACUGCUGGCAUAUAUGAUAGAAGACGAAAAUGUCUCUGAGGAGGAAAACACUGGGGAAGAGAGUAGCGAAGUCGAUGACGAGACGAGCGGUGAUAACUUGCUCAAUGAUCUUUGA